ACUCCCCAUAGCCCUUUAAAUCUUUUCACUUCAAGUAGUUACCCAAUUCUCUUUUGAAACUUAUUACCACCCAUUCCGACAGUGCAGUCCAGAACAUAACAGCUCGCUAUGUAAAAAAUGUUUCCUCACGUUCACCUCUGAUUCUUUUGCCUUAAAUUUGUGUCCUCUGGUUUCCAACCUUUCUACCACUCCUCAAUCUUCCAACCAAAAUUGACCUCAGCUGGGAUGGUAGUGAUAUUGAAUGUGUCCUCAGUGCCAUAAGUUAGGAGAGAAAAUAGGCCAGACCACCAGUCUUUAAUCAGUAACCAUUGAAAUCUUCUGGAAUUCGGAUUGAUGGGUUUGCUCUACAGAUAGCCAGCAUGGACUCAAUGCACCGAAUAGCAACCUUCUGUGUCAUAAUGAUUCUUAUGGGCUGAAUUUUCAGUCGCCAAUGUGACUGAGUUCAGGUGUGGGCAGGCCCGGAUAAUUGCACGGUUGGAAGGAGUCACUGGUUUCUGAUGGCUCAGUAACACAAUUAGAUUUUAAAAAGAAUGGACGGGAGGGUGGAGCUGGCAAACCACAUGCCUCCAAUUAAUUGGCUUGUUCAGCUUGUUUUAGAGUGCGUUUAGGAGUAUUGGGAGCAACAGUUAAUAAUUUUGAAAUAGCCAGCAUGGGGAAAAUGGAGGGCCUGGGACUGUUUUGAGCACUACCUUCGGGAAGACAGCGGGAAGCCGUAAGUGCUCAUAACUGCAGUGUGAAAAAGUUGCAUAAAAGGUGAGGGUGAAACUCAGUUGCUCAUGCAGUGGAACAGAGCUUCCAUUGCUAGAGCUGAGAGGCUUGAUUUUGUGAGGAGAGAGUGUUAGGAUUCUAGAGAGGCACGUGAGGCUGCUGCCACCCCUAGACAUGCCUGCUUGGUCUGGUUCACUGAAGCUCUUACUUAUACCUGGAGGGAAGAGUACAGCUCCUGUCCAACACAGCUUUAAUCAGGGCCUCAAGGGAGGAAUUCAAAAAACAUCAGGAUGCCUGGAAAUAGCUGCCCAAACCACUGCUGGCCCUCUCCUCUCCCUGCUCAUCAAGUUGCAGAGGAUAAUUCAGGAUUCUCUUAUUGCACCGAGUGACUGGAUAAAGCCAUGGUGCUGAUCCUGGGACGACGCAUUAACAGGGAUGAUAGCCAUUUCCGUGACUCGCCCGUCACCAAACGCAAAGUCUUUGAAGUAGACCAAAAGCCCGCGGUUAAUCAAGACAUUUUUGACUUCUCCUUGGGCCCAUCCCAUGCUGAGAGCAUCCUGGAGAUGCUGAAUGAGUUCAGGGACAGCCGACUCUUCACCGACGUGGUCAUCUGCGUGGAAGGCCGUGAGUUCCCCUGCCACCGCGCUGUCCUCUCAUCCUGUAGCAGCUACUUCAGGGCCAUGUUCUGCAAUGACCACCGCGAGAGCAGGGAGAUGCUGGUGGAGAUCAAUGGAAUCUUUGCCGACGCCAUGGACCAGUUCCUGCAGUAUGUCUACACCGGAAAGGUGAGGAUCACCACGGACAAUGUGCAGUAUCUCUUCGAGACCUCCAGCCUCUUCCAGAUCAACGCCAUCCGAGAUGCCUGCGCCAAGUUCUUGGAGGAGCAGCUUGAUCCCUGCAACUGCCUGGGCAUCCAGAAGUUUGCGGACACCCACUCCCUCAAGCCGCUGCACUCCAAGUGCAGAUGCUUCGGCCUGCAGACAUUCUCCGAGGUGGCCCUGCAUGAGGAGUUCCUGGGACUGGAGAAGGACGAGCUUAUCGACUACGUCUCCAGUGACGAUCUGGUCAUCAGCAAGGAAGAAACGGUGUAUGAGUCAGUGAUGCGUUGGGUCUAUCAUGACAUUGACCGCAGGAGGCCCAUGAUGAGGGAGCUGCUGACUCACGUCAGGCUCCCCCUACUGCACCCCAAUUACUUUGUGCAAACGGUGGAAGGGAACCAGCUGAUCCAGAACUCUCCUGAGUGCUACCAACUCCUGCACGAGGCUAGGAGGUACCACGUGCUUGGCAACGAGAUGAUGUCACCGCGGACAAGGCCUCGCAGGUCCACAGGUUACUCCGAGGUUAUUGUGGUGGUGGGAGGCUGUGAGCGAGUUGGAGGCUUCAAUCUGCCUUACACUGAAUGCUAUGACCCAAUGACUGGAGAGUGGAAGUCGCUGGCUAAACUCCCAGAGUUCACCAAAUCUGAGUAUGCUGUGUGCGCCCUAAGGAAUGACAUUCUUGUGUCAGGUGGCAGAAUCAACAGCCGUGAUGUGUGGAUGUACAACUCCCAGCUGAACAUCUGGAUGCGAGUGGCCUGUUUAAACAAAGGCAGGUGGCGCCACAAGAUGGCUGUCCUUCUUGGCAAGGUGUAUGCUGUGGGAGGAUAUGAUGGUCAGAAUCGACUGAGCAGCGUGGAGUGUUACGACUCUUUUUCCAACCGUUGGGUCGAGGUUGCACCACUCAAAGAAGCAGUCAGCUCACCGGCUGUCGUCAGCUGUGUCAGUAAGCUCUUCGUGAUUGGAGGAGGGCCUGAUGACAACACAUGCUCUGAUAAGGUUCAGUGUUACGACCCAACCACUAAUGUUUGGCUGCUACGAGCGCCCAUCCCCGUUGCUAAACGGUGCAUCACCUCAGUGUCCCUGAACAACCUCAUAUAUGUGGCCGGGGGUCUGACCAAAUCCAUCUUCUGCUAUGACCCAGUGGAGGACUACUGGAUGCACGUGGUGAAUACCUUCAGCAGACAGGAGAGUUGCGGCAUGUCUGUCUGUAACGGCAAGGUCUACAUCCUAGGUGGCAGAAAGGAAACUGGAGAGGCUACUGACACUAUUACGUGUUACGACCCAGCCACAGGAAUCAUCACAGCAAUGGCUGCCAUGCCCAGGCCUAUCUCCUACCAUGGCUGUGUGACAAUCCACAGAUAUAACGAGAAGUACAGGCCCUGAGCCAGGGAUCUCCAGCACCCACCCAAUACUGAGUGGCAAAGAGGCACAACCACACUAUAACUUCCUAUGGAGAGACCAGAGUUCUCUGCAGGUUCUAUAUUAGACAAUUGUUUUAUUGUAGCAUACUCUUCCAAACAUCGAGCCUUGUUUUUUAAAUUUUUAUUGCAACAAUAGAGUUAUAGAUCAACAAUCUCUUUUUUGUGUAACGCUAAGGCCACAGUGACUAACAUACCAAAGCUGUGGCAUUGCAGGCAAAAUGAUGCCAUUUGCACAUAUUUCCACAUCCCUCAGAUAACCAUGGCUAGGUACUGGACUGCCAGUGGUGCGUUUAGUGCCACAAUGUAAUACCUUAGGAACCAAUAUCAUCCUCCAGAAGGUACUUAGUUAUUUUUUGUAAAAAAACAUAUAUAUAAAAAACCUGUUCACUUUCUGGCAUAGUUAGAGGUUCAGGAAACAAAGUCCAGAAGUUGAAAUCGAAGCGGAAGCCUUCUGUUUGAGUCAAUCGGAGGUACCUUGGAACCAUAGUGAUUGAGGUCUUUUCCAAGCUCAGAGUUGAGACCUUCAUAUCGGAGCACCUAUGUCACUUUGAUACAGUUCAGUGGCUGCUAUGUGGCCUCGCCCCAGUAAAGUGGAACUGUGGUAGUUAUCUUCUUGUAAAAGUGCCCCUGGUUAACGUCCUCCUCUUUCACUGUUUAGUCUUUAUUGAAGCCUAUGAGGAGCAAACUCUUUAACCCUUGCACAUGACUCAAAAGAAGUCAUUGAAAUGGACUGCAUGAGACUGCGAUGCUGGUUGCCUUGGGUUACAAACAGCAUCAGGGCCAGAGGCCAGGUUCAAUGAGGUGUGGUUCCAUGUAUUGAGACCAGAAUGCAAUCCUUUCACUUUGUAUCUCUUAGGAUUAUCAUCUCCUCAAACACCCUGUAAACAUCUUUGCUUUGUCAAAACCUAGUUUUCGGAUUCCUGGAGUGUCUCUCUCUGACUGCAGAGAUGAUGCACUAACACCAAAUGCACAGGGAUUGCUGCACUUCAUUCUGGAAAUACUUCAGCCAGGAUGAUGACAGGAGUGGCAAUGGGUGGGUUUUAAGGAGGCAUGCCUGCUGUCACUUAGAGCAGCUCAAAUUGAUCUGCAGGGCAUGUGCCUUCUGGGUUACAUUGCCUAAGUAUUGGUGUGGAAUAGGAUUUGUGCAGGCAUUUGGAUAUAUGCACUGUUCAGUCGAUCACAUCUAUGUACUCAGUGAGUUGACUUUGCAACCAGAGACCAUGAGAACAUAUUUAGAGUGAUUGGAUUGGUCAGAUCACAGUCUAAUGAAUAGUGCCAUAGUGUUGAUAUUCACAAAAACUGCUACAUAGGCAGUAUCUCAGCUGCUUUAAUUUGAAACCUGAGACCCACAGUUACACUCCUGGAAAUUGGUUUGUCAGGCCUAACUGGACUUCUGGGCUUCAGAUCAUCAAUCCAACAGUGGUUAGGUGCAUUGAAGUAAAUUUAUAUGGGUUAUUUUCCAUACAAUGUAGAGUUUAAGUUGGUUAUAUACUGUGUAUAUAUACCCUGCUGAGUGGGUUAUAGCCCAGUAAUAUGUAUACAGUAUGUGGUUUAUAUAUACCAUGUAUAUGUACCUUUACUAGAUAGUAUGUGAAUUAUUCCCCAGUAAUGUAGAAAGUAUGUAACAGGACACACUACCGGGAUGAGAAAUAGAAGCUUUAGAAACCAAAAAAGGAAAAUGGAAAGCUGUGGAGCUGACUGUCAACGCUUGAACAACAGAUUGUGCACUUAGACCCUGCGUCAUUGCAUGAGUGAGCUGUAACCAUCUGACAUAUUAAUGUAAGAUGUUAAUGUCCCUUAGAGAAGAACAUGCCAUUGCAGCAUUUCCAAAUUGUGUACCUUUGCCUGCUAAUAGCACUCAAGUGCGGUGGGUUGGGUGGAGUGGGUUGUGUGUACAAAGGUACUUGCGGCUGUGUGGCAUCCUCCCCUCCCCACCUCAACCCCCACAAGGGGCUAUUCUUGUAUCAACUCAAACAAUGAGUGUUGCCGGACCAUGGAUCAGUGUGUUACAGCCAGGUUUGAUCCAGCCUUCACACACAUUUAGGGUAGAUCCUGACUUUGUGUGAUUUGUAAAGCCCAUUUUACAAAUCUCCCAUUGUUUUAUCUCCAAUGGAGUCAAUGAAAAUAAAAGUGGAGAGCGAUGUGAAACAAGCAGCUGAUUCACAAUCGCUCAUUUCGCACUAAUGCACAAAGUCACAAUCUACCCACCCAUGAACUUUCCAGCACUUCAACAUAAUAAAAGUCACAAUAUCAGGGUAAUUUUGCAAUAAUGUUUAAAUGUGUAUGAGCUUUGAGGAAAUUGAAGGAUUGGUGAAUGCUUUAUGGUAUUCAGUGAUCUAAUGUACGGUAUCUCAAUCAGACCUAACUCAUUUCAAUUGUUGUAAAUCACUCAAUUAUUGCGUUCCAAUUUCCUGACCCUGUAUGGGACCUUUUUUGAGGAAAAAAAUUGUAAUUGCAAUAAGGAUAUUAAAAUUCUGCCGCACUGUGAACUUUAAAAUGAUCACAGCUCUGGAUCUCAGAUUUGUAAAAACCAGGACAUUACAGGUUGAAAAGUGAUUCAAGGGGCCUGUGGGUUUGAAGGUUGGAUGAAAAUAGGUAGACUCGAAAGUGAUCAGAAUGGAGUGGAUGAUCAGUGGAAUAGACAUUAGCACUGGUUUAUGCGCAGAUCUAUUUUCAAAGGGAGAAAAUCUUUACUUUUCAAGCUAUUUUUUCUGUUAAAUGGGAUUAAUUUAGCAUUGUUAAGCAAGGAUGCACCAAAAAAUUCUGAUUAGGGAAGAGGUCAACAAAUCUUGGAUAAUCCGGUCAGUGUCCCCUCCCAAACAGCCCAGAAAGCUUGCACAAUUCCUGCAUGUUCACCCCGACUAUGAGACAUUUAAGAUGUCCGCCACCAAUCUGAAACAUGCAAGGCUCAAAGUUUUACCUAUGGCAGAGUUAAUGUCUGUGUUUAUCUGAGUGGAUUAGCUUAUCCCUACAACCAGUAAGGAUGUGUGUGUCCUGGCCUUCAUCCCAUGACCCAGAAUCCUUCUACCUUUUUCCUCAGCCCACCAGUUACGUCAAAGAAACACCCAGAAUGCACUUUGUUGGGUCUGUUGGUAACUUGAGUUUUUUUUUGCUCUUCAUGUGAAUUAAUUAUUUGAUGCAUUUAUAUUAAAUAGUUUUUUUUAUAAGUUAAAGGACUGUUGUAAAUAAUACAUCUCUCUGUCCGUUCCUAUGUUUCACUGUAUCAGCGAGCACUGCUUGCUGAGGGAGCAGAGGUUGGAGACCUAAAACAGUCCAAAAUUCUUCACUGAGGAAGUACUGAGAUCCUGAGAGCUGGCUUCAGUGUGAGCAUUGCACUGGUGUGUAAAUGACAGAGUAUGAAUGAUCACGGGGGCCAAAUUUAAAUAUCAACAUUGAAAGACUGCAGCCACAGCAAGCAGCCAGUCUGGCCUCAGUUUCCUAUCUGUUCACCAAAGAAAAGCUACCAUGGGAGGAAGCAAUUCCUGAAUAAAACGCCCAUCUUGUUAGUGGGAGGGUCCUACGGUCUGGACAAGGAGUCAAUCAGAAGGGUGGAUCCCUCAGUCUGGAUGAUCAGCCGAUCAAUGAGGUGGACCCCCCAUCCCAGACGAUCAGCUAAUCAGAGGGUUGGGUCCCUCAAUGCCAAUAAGGAGUUGGACAGGGUAUGGGACCUUCAGUUGUGAUAGGACAGAUAGGACACAGAGGGCCAGUUAGGUCAAGGCUAUGGAACUGAAAGCAUUAGGCAUGAGAGGGAGAGAAAGAAAUUCUGUGAUGUUAUUCAUAAGCCAGGGUUCUGCUUCAUUUCUGAGUUCAACCAAGGAUAGACACAAUAGUAGCUCAUCCUAGGCCCCAUGUAUUUAAUAAGGAACUUUCACCGUUGCUUGGAAUGCUGGUGUGGGCCUGUGUCAAUAAAGGCAUUGAUUUUUCUUGCUUACUAGCGAGGGAAAGUCCUUGGAAUUCCCAUAGCCAGAUAGGCGCUGAGGUGAAUGAGAAAGAGUGCAAGACAGGAAGAGAAAGAUGGACAGAAAGAAAAUAGGUAGGAAAAGAGCAAUAUUAAUGCCACUUAGUCAUCACUCCAGCCCUUGUGUCAGACACAGUGAGCUAUUUUUAUAUUGUGUUUAUGUUCCUGGCAUAAUCCAAAGGCUCAGGUAUAUGACUCGCAACUUAAAAUCAUACAGCAAGGUGGCUGCCUGUGUUUCUCAUAUCCACCAAUGAUGGAGCAAAAGCCAAAGUGAGAACGAGAACUCUGCUGUGGUCAAACUCUCCACAGGGCAGUGCGACAGAAAAGUAUUACUGAGAUCUCACUGCAACUUCUUUGCUAGCCGGUGAAAUGUGGCACAGAAGAGGUUUUACUUAUGGACCCUAAAACAGCUGAAAUCUGACAAAUGAUUGCAGUUGCCCAGUACUCCUGCAAUCCUGAACUGAAAACAGACCUAACAGGGAAAAUGCCCUUUAUAUGAGCAGUCAUUCUCAUCGCCAACUCAGGAUUGCAUUGGAUUAAGUAUUUAUAAGUUUUCUGUUGUUGUAAGCUGUGUCUUUAUUAACAAAUCUAUUUAUUCUUUAAGUAUGUUCUUCAGAACUAUCAUGCUGAAUGAACGUUGCCACUUUUUUGAGGUGUGCUGUGUACCAGCCAUAUAGGAAGAGAGGAUGUGUCGGUGGGGGGGGGCCUCUUUUGAUCCCCAUUGUGAACAGUAUAUUGCUGUGUGCAUUCUGCCUGACUAAUGCAUGAUUGUGAUUGAUGUACAGCGCAAUUGUAGCUGGCACACACUCCAGGAGUCGCUCAGUCUGUGAGCAGACCCUCCAGUACAUUAUUUGAAAACACAAGAGUUAAAAGUGUGUGUUGCAGCCAUAGUAGAUGCCAGCUACUUUUAAAGCUGCAAUCCCAAUCAAAGAGGUUUAGAAACAUUCCAACUCCUUGUUAUAUGGUUUUGUUACAAAAUCUGGGGACCCAUCAAUUAGAUUCUAGCCUGUAACUUGCUGCCAGAUAUCACUUUUUUUAUAUAUAUAUAUAGAUAUAUAUAAACUACCUAAACCCUCUGGUUAGAUUUUAGCCUGUAAAUUACCCACCACCCGAAUAGUAUUCUCUCCAUGUGAUGUGACAGACCUACACAAUGACUGCUGUCGUUUGGUGGGAACCUGACCUGCUUCAUGGUUUUGAGUUUGUAUGUGAGGAGCAAUGAGUGAAUGAUUUUCAGUUUAGAUGCGACAUUUUUAAUGCUGUGUAGCUGACAUAUCUUUUUUGUAAUUAGAUAAUUGUAAAGUGGUUGUGUUAUUUUUGUAAUAUUUGGGUUGUCCUGGAGACAGAAGAAUGCUUUACUUUUGUUUUAUGCUUAUGUUGUACAGUACGAGCUGAAUAUAAACAAACUGUAUUUGAAUCCAAGAUGGUGUAACAUUUUUUAAACUUGAUCACAAUUAUGAAAUGUAUAGAAAACUUGAUUUAAUAAUAAUAUACCACUACAUGGAAUUCUGAUAGUGAACCUGGAUAUUUGAAAGUUAUAGUGAGUUGAGUUAUCCGACUGUGUGGUUUCCACUAUCCUUUCAGUUGUCUGAGUUUCAGAAUUCCCUCUGUAAAUCUUUCCACCUCUUCAUUUUUUCUCUCUCUCCUCCUUUAAGACUCUACUUAAAACCAACUUCUUUGACCAAGUAUUUAACCACCCCUCCUAAUGUCUUCUCCUUUGGCUCAGCGUCAACUCUUUGUUUGAUUGCACUCUUGUGAAGCACUUUGGGAUGUUUUACAUUGGGUGCUAUAUAAAUGCAUGUUGUUGUUGUCUUUGGGCAUCAGUGAUGCCAGACAGUUGGUCCUGAGACACAGUUAACAGUCCCUGCAAAGGGGACUGGCCAAUGGGGACAGUGCGCACUUUGGAAGCUCUUAUAUGGAAUGCAGUAAUGAUAGUUGACGGCAUUAUGUUUGAUCUUCAUUUUAAAAUAUUACUUUAAAACAAACACUACAGUUAAAAUUUGAGGGGAUUUGAGAGAACAAAUAAGAAGAAAAUUCUUCCAUUGGCAGGAGGGUCAGUAACGAGAAGACACAGAUUUAAGAUAGUUGGCAAAACAACCAGGAUGUCGGGGGGGAGAUAAGUUCUUUUAUGCAGUGAGCGGUUAUGUUCUGGAUAGCACUGCCUAAAAGGGUGGUGGAAGCAGAUUCAGUAGUAACUUCCCAAAGGGAAUUAAAUAUGUAUGAAGAGAACAUUGGCAAGGAUAUAAGAAAAAGGGGAAUGGGUGGGAUCAAUUAGAGAGCUUUUCUAAUGGAAACAAUGCUUGAUGGGCAUCUUUUGGUGACUCUGUGCAUUGUAGUGAGUUAAAACAAAGAGCUUCUGAAUGGAGAGAGAACGAUGGUGGUCACAUCAACCUUAGGAAACUCUUGAAUGACCCCAGGCAGAACCCUGCCUGUCAGGCUCUGCCAACUUGCCUGGGCCAUUGCCGUAGUGCAAGUGAUCCCCUGGGGACAGGAGAGAAAGCAAAUUGGAAAGAGAGCAAGAAAACAGAAAAGGAUUGUAACAUUCAAAUAGUUUACAUGAGAAUUUCCAGAUUUGUACUCCUUUCUAUCAAUGUCUAGUCUUUUUCUCUCUUGUCCUGUAAUGAUUGCCACAAGCUGGAUUUUUCAACCUACAUAAAAUGUAAUUCUUGUGUCUUUUUUUCCUUCUUGAGUUGGUGUUUGUGAGAGUGUCCUUCUCUGAAUCCAGAAGAAGGAGUGUUGAUUGGAGAGCUAGUCCACGUUUCACUAGUUCACCAAGUGGCAUCACUCGUCAAAUGAUGCAGUACCAACUGUGAUUGCGUGUAAUAAUAGAUUGUUACAUGUAAAAUACUUCUUACUGUGUGUAUGCAAUUUAGGUUAGUGACUUUAAUAAAAAUUCUGUUCUCACCAA